AUGUGCAUGAUGGAUGCAUCUCGAGGAGGAGCUCAUGGGGAUGCUGAGAAUAUCAAUAUAAACGACCAUGAACAGAUCCAAAAUAAGGAGCAUGCUAACAGCAACGUUGAUGGAGCCACUGAAGUUCAGUUCUUUCAUGGUCUUCUCCGACGUAUACCUGUAAAUAAGGUGUUAGAAGAGGUAGGAUUGCUUGGGAAGGCAGCAUGUCCAGUAGCAACCACCACCUUCCUUGUGUUUUCAAAGUCCAUAAUCUCCAUGUUGUUCUUAAGCCAUAUGGGUAAAACUGAACUAGCAGGAGGUGCUCUAGCCAUUGGCUUUGCAAAUGUCACAGGCCUCUCAAUCAUGAAAGGUUUAUGCAUGGGCAUGGAUCCAAUUUGCUUUCAAGCCUUUGGUGCCAAAAGGUUAUCAGUCCUUAGCCAAAUGUACAUCAAAACCUGCAUUCUUCUCUUGCUUACAUCUGUGCCGGUAACCUUCCUAUGGCUAAAUAUGGAGCCUGUGUUCCAACAGCUCGGUCAAGACCGCGUGAUCACAAAGGUUGCAGCCAUGUACUUAACAUUCUCGCUCCCAGAGCUCCCAGCCCUAGCUCACCUCCUGCCGCUUCGAUCUCUUUUACGCGCACAAGGGUUAAACUCGCCUGCUUCCAUCGUAGCAACUUGUGCAACCAUCUUGCAUCUCCCAAUUAACUAUUUCUUCAUUACUUACUUGAAUUUAGGGGUGAAAGGUAUAGCUAUCUCAUCAACUUGCUUCACGUAUAACAUGAAUAUCGGAUUGUUGAUCUAUAUUUUCAUGUCGAAAGUCGCGAUUAAGCCUUGGGUUGCUAGGAGUAGGGCCAGUUUGUUCUCAAUAUUUCAGGGGUGGGCGCCAUUGUUGAGCAUGGCCAUACCUAGUUUGUUUUCAGUGUGUUUAGAGUGGUGGUGGUACGAGAUCGUUCUUUUCCUUAGUGGGCUACUAGAGAAUCCUGAGUCAAGUGUAGCAGCAACAGGCAUCAUCAUGCAAACCACAGGCGCCAUCUAUGUCAUGCCAUUUGCCUUGAGCCUCAGUAUAUCACAACGGGUUGGGCACGAGCUAGGUGCAGGCCAACCUGCUCGUGCACGAUUGGCUGCAAUCGUUGGGAUCUCCAUUGCUUUCAUAUAUGGGCUCGUAGUCUUCGGAUUAUCUAUUACACUAAGAAACGUUCUUGGAAAAUUAUACACUAAUGAUGUCCAAAUUCUUUCUUUGCUUUCCUCGGCUCUGCCAGUGACGGGGCUGGCGGAGGUGGGAAACUCGCCACAGACGGCCGCCUGUGGGGCGUUAACCGGCUCAGCCAGACCUAAAGUGGGGGUUCGCAUCAACAUUGCUGCAUUCUACCUCAUAGGGCUUCCAUUGUCGAUCAUUCUGGCUUUCGUUUUAAAGAUAGGUUAUCGAGGACUAUGGCUAGGGCUGGUAGCAUCGCAGGCAGCUUGUGCAUCUUUAAUGGUGUACACAUUGGUGAAAACAGACUGGAAAGAUCAAGCAAAAAGAGCAGAAGAAAUGACUUUGGCUAUGAAUAAAGAUGACGAUACUGAGCUAAAUGAACUUGUGCCUUGA